AUGGCCUGCACACACAUCGAAGAGCUGGCUCCAAGGCUCAAGUCUCCUACGGCAUCCCAGCACGUCCACAGGGAAGAAUGCACGUUGUGCUUUGAUGGACAGGACGGCCCCGAUGGCGUUCUCGUCUGCCUGCAGUGCUUCAACGGCGGAUGUGUCGGCGACGACCGCAAGCACGCAUUCUUGCACUAUGAGAAGCUCUCGCACCCGCUCGCGCUCGUCGUGAAGCGCACGCGCCGCGAGCAGAAGAAACGCGACGAGUCUGAGCCCCCGCUCAAGAAGCUCGCCAUCACGGCACCAUCAGACAACGAGACGUACGAGUACACCACGUCGCUGCGGUGCUUCCGUUGUUCGCCGCUGGGCGAGGCUGUCCGGUCCGACCACCCUAAUGUCGUGGCCACUACCACCGGCAUCAUGAACUCGCUCUCGUCUGCACAGCAGUCCGAGGUCAAGGCUUGGGAGGAGGAGAUUACCCCCUGCGAGCACACCCUCACUCUCGAGCAGAUUCCGCUCGUCGUCCCCGGUCAAGUACCCACCCAGUGCACCGAGUGCGACCUCAAGGAGAACCUCUGGCUCUGCCUUACCUGUGGCUUUGCCAACUGCGGUCGCCAGCAGUGGGGCGGCACGGGCGGAAACGGCCACGCGCUGCAGCACUUCAAGGACACCGGCCACGCUGUUGGCGUAAAGCUCGGAACCAUCACCCCGGAGGGCACUGCAGACAUCUAUUGCUACAGCUGUGACGACGCCAAGGUCGACCCCGACCUCGCUCGCCACCUCAAGACGUUCGGGAUUGCCGUCAUGGACCAGACCAAGACUGAAAAGUCGAUGACUGAGCUGCAACUCGAGCAAAACCUCAAGUACGACUUUUCGAUGACCGACGAGGGAGGCAAGGAGCUCCAGCCCGUGUUUGGCGUCGGCCUCACCGGCCUCAAGAACCUGGGUAACAGCUGCUACAUGGCCUCGGUCAUGCAGGCGCUCUUCGCGGAGACCACCUUCCGCGAGCGCUACUACACGGACGAGGCCAUGGCCCACGUCCAGACCUGCGACAAGGCCCUGCCUGCCGACUGCCUCGAGUGCCAGAUGCUCAAGCUCGCUGACGGUCUCAUCUCUGGCCGUUACUCUACCCCCGCCAAGGCUCCCCCUAUCGCCACUUCCGACUUUGAGGUCGCCGAAACUCCCAAGUUCCAGGACGGUAUCCGUCCAGCCCAGUUCAAGGCUCUGAUCGGAAAGGGCCACGCCGAGUUUUCCACCAUGCAGCAGCAGGACUCGGAAGAGUUUCUUCAGCAUCUCAUUGAGCGUCUCCGCCAGGAGGCAAAGUAUCUGGGACGCUCGGAGAACAUUGAGGCUACCAACGCGCUCAGGUUCGGCAUGGAGCAGCGUCUCGAGUGUACCGAGUGCCACCGUGUAGGCUACAAGGUAGACGCGGUGGACCUGGCCAGCCUCCCCGUUGACGCCGUUGAGGAAGGCGUCACCGAGGACGGCAAGAAACUCUACAAGGGUGUGACGCUCGAGUCGUGUAUCGAGUCGCUGGCCGCUCCUGAGCAGCUGGACGACUACGCCUGCGGUAACUGCAACAAGCGUGUCAAGGCUGUCAAGACCACCACGUUCAAGACCUUCCCUCAGCUUCUCGUUUUGCACAUGCGCAAGUUCCAGCUCGUCAACUGGCUCCCUACCAAGCUUGACGUCCCCGUCAAUGUGCCCGAGACCCUCACCCUCGACGGCGUCUGGGGCAAGGGACGCCAGCCCGGCGAGGCGGAGCUGGACACGGAUGCUCCCCAGCAGCCCGAGUUCAACGCCGCCGCCAUGGCCCAGCUCGAGGCCAUGGGCUUCCCAGCUGUCCGCUGCCAGAAGGCGCUGCUCGCCACGGGUAACAGCGACGCCGAUGCUGCCACCGGAUGGCUCUUUGAGCACAUGGAUGAUCCUGACAUUGACGCGCCCAUCUCCACUGGCGGUGGUGCUCCCGAACCCAACCCGGACCAGAUUGUCAUGAUCUCCGAGAUGGGCUUCACCCCGGCCCAGGCUCGUAAGGCCCUCCGCGAAUCUAGCGGCAACACCGAACAGGCCAUUGAGUGGCUAUUCUCGCACCCGGACGACGACGGCGAGGAGACCGCUCCGGCCCCCGCGUCGGAUGCCACCCCAAACGUCGGCGGCACCCCGCCGCCGGCAAAGUACCGCCUCAAGUCGUUCAUCUCGCACAAGGGCCCCUCGGUCCACUCGGGCCACUACGUCGCCACCGUUCGCCAACCCCAGGCCGGUCUCGCCGGCGGCAACGAGACGCCCGACGACUGGGUGCUGUUCAAUGACGAAAAGGUCGCGGCGGCGGCGGCGCGCGGAGGCGACGACCUGCGCUCGCUGGCGUAUCUGUACAUUUACGAGCGUGUUUAA